AUGUCAUCAUCUAAAACCAAAGGAAAACGUAAAUCUGAGGACGAAUAUGGAAUAAUUCGACCAUAUUUCACUGAGAAGGAAUGGAAUGAAACUUCUGAUUAUGAGAAAAUGAGAUUGAGAAAUAUCAAAGAAAAUUAUGAAAUGAUGUUACAAGUUGGAUUGACUGCUGUAAAACCUGAAUUUAUGAAUGGUCCUAGAGGUAGGAAGCGUAAAGCCAAAGUUGAGAGUGACAGUGAAGAUGAAGAAUGGGUGCCUGGAUUUGACAACAGAAAGACAAAACAAGUUAGUUUUGCAGCUCCGUUUAAAAUACCAGUGAAGGUGAACAGUUUUCACGAAGAUAAGAAACCAAAAAGAAGAGACAAGGUUAACAGAUAUGCAAAUAAAAAGAACAAGGAAAAAAAGUCUGUUGUCGUAGCUUCAAAGACUCUGGAAGAUACAAAAGUUAUCAGAUACCCAAGAAGACAAGCAGAAAGAAAAAGUUAUAUGGAGAUUGAAGCUCCCGAUGAUGACCAUUUCAUUUAUUGUGAAGAUUGUCAUGAUUUCUUUGAAGGAGAUUGCCCAAAACACCCACUGCAAAUCAUCCAAGACAACCCAAUACCUGAGGGAUUUAAAGGAAGCCAUGUUUCUAAACAAGACAAGAGAAACUACUUUGUUGAUGGGAAAGAGGAAACCAAAUCAAAUUGGAUGAGAUUCAUAAACUGUGCCAGAAAUGAAAGUGAACAAAACUUAGUCGCAUUCCAGUACCAUGGUGAAAUAUAUUACAGAAGUUUUAAAGCUAUUUCCAAAGGAUAUGGUGAAUCCUACAUUUGUACCAAGUGUGAGAGAAUAUUUACAGAUCCAAACUAUUUGACAAAACAUUCAAAAUAUCAACAUAGAAACUAUGAUUCUGUUAAGAGAUAUAAAUGUGAUCAGUGUAAAUACUCUACGGAUAUAAAAGGUAGCAUGGAAUAUCACAAGAGAACUCACACCAAUGAAAGACCAUAUAAAUGUGAUGUAUGUGGUAAAGCAUUCACAACGUCAAGUAACCUGAAGACACAUCAUAAAAUCCAUACUGGUGAAAAACCUUACAAAUGUACUCAAUGUGGAAAAGCAUUCAACCAAGCAACUCACAUGGACAACCAUAUGAGAACACACACUAAGGAAAGACCCUAUAAAUGUCAUGUAUGUGGACAAGGAUUCAGUCAGUCAGGUGACCUACAAAAACACCUUCGUAUUCACACUGGUGAGAAACCUUAUAAAUGUGAAUAUUGUGAUAAAAGAUUCAGUCUGUCAGGUCACCUACAAGUACACCUUCGUAUUCACACUGGUGAGAAACCCUAUAAAUGUGAAUAUUGUGAUAAAAGAUUCAGUCUGUCAGGUCACCUACAAGUACACCUUCGUAUUCACACUGGUGAGAAACCCUAUAAAUGUGAAUAUUGUGAUAAAAGAUUCAGUCAGUCAGGUGAAGCCAAAGUUCAUGUCGUCAUUCACCACACACAUGAAUAUCCACACAGAUGUCAGAUUUGUAAACAUGGAUUUAUUACACCAGCUCAACUGAAACAACACAUGAUUAAACACACUGAAGAGUAA